AUGAAAUGCCCUCACAGCAACAGAAAACGUAACGCAGUCAGUUCAAAACUCCAAACAGACGUAAUCCACAGAAGACAAGAUACAGCACCAGCACUCAUUACAGAGAUAUUCUACAGGAGACAAGAUACAGCACUAGCACUCCAUACAGAGGUAAUCUACAGGAGACAAGAUACAGUACUAACACUCCAUACAGAGGUAAUCUACAGGAGGCAAGAUACAGCACUAGCACUCCAUACAGAGGUAAUCUACAGGAGACAAGAUACAGCACUAGCACUCCAUACAGAGGUAAUCUACAGGAGACAAGAUACAGCACUAUCACUCCAUACAGAGGUAAUCUACAGAAGACAAGAUACAGCACCAGCACUCCUUACAGAGAUAUUUUACAGGAGACAAGAUACAGCACUAGCACUCCAUACAGAGGUAAUCUACAGGAGACAAGAUACAGCACUAGCACUCCAUACAGAGGUAAUCUACAGGAGACAAGAUACAGUACCAGCACUCCAUACAGAUGUAACCUACAAGAGACAGGGUACAGCACCAGCACUCCAGACCGGUGUAAUCCACAGGAGACAAGGUACAGCACCUGCACUUCAUACUGAUGAUAUGAUAUGCUUAGAAAAAGCGUUAGUUUAUCCUUAG